AUCAUCAUCAACUCAUUCACCUAAUUAUCAAACAUUUGAUAAUUAUAUGUUGGGAGGAGUUACAGCAGGAUUAAGAAGACUUGGUUCAUUUGCAUCAUCAUCAUUACGAAGAAGUAAUACUAAUAAUAGUGAUGAAGAAAAUACUAUUGCUAUUGAUGAUUCUUCUAUAAGAAAUAUGGUACAAAUAACGAAUCCUCCACCUACUUAUUCAAGAACUUUACAAGAUGUUGGAUUACCUCCUCCUUAUUAUUCAAAAUCGAAUUCAUUUAUAGAUGGUGGUGGUGAUAAUCGUCAAUCUAGUCAAUCUAGAACAGGAUCGGUUAUAGUUAAUAAUGGAUCACAACAAACAAGAUCCACAAUAUUUAGAACUAUUACAUCAUCCAGUGCUGGUAGUGGUGAAGGAAUUGGUUUACCUCAACCUGUUCGACCAGUUCCUCCAACACCAUCCAUUAAUAAUAAUUCUUCACCUGCUCGACCAGUUCCUCCAACACCAUCCACUGAUAAUAAUUCUUCACCUGCUCGACCAGUUCCUCCAAUACCAUCCACUAAUAAUAAUUCUUCACCCGCUCGACCAGUUCCUCCAACACCAUCUUCCAGUAAUAAUUCUUCACCUGCUCGACCAGUUCCUUCAACACCAAUUUCUAGUAAUAAUAAUUUAUCAUCUACUCGAUUAGUUUCACCAACUUCCACCGAUACCAACAACCUCUAA